AUGACCGCGUCUUGGUGCAUGGCGAUGAUGGCGGUCGGCGCGCUGACGUCGGCGCGACUGGACUACCACGCCGCGGACGGCGCCCGAAUCCUGGCCAUGAUGCCGAUCGCGGCCAAGAGCCACUGGAACGUGGUGGACUCGGUGUUGCAGACGCUAGUGGCCCGUGGACACCACGUGACGGCCAUCACGCCGUUCCCCAAGAAGUCGCCGGUGGCCAAUUACACGGAACUGGACAUGUCGCGUCUGAUGCCGUCGGGCGUCAGCGUGCCGUGGGACACGGUCUUGGGCGAAUGUUCGGUGCACAACAACCUGCCGUUCCUCUCGAGUCGUCACAAGGACAUGUGCCGGGCGGUGUACGAGCACGACGACUUCUGGCGCAUAAUCGAAACGAACAAAUAUGAUCUGUUCAUCACCGAAUUACUAGCCUCGUCGUGUGACGCAUAUGUGUCAUAUUAUUUACAAAUACCACAGAUAGUCAUUGUCUCGAGCCAUGUGCAUACAUGGUACCAUCAUACGUUCGGAAGUCACAUGAACCCUGCGCACAUUUCCACGUUCCACGCACCGUUCGCAGUACCCAAAAACUUCAUAGAGAGAAUGGUGAACACAUACGAUUACUUGUACUCACACAUGGUGUUCAAAUGGGUCGACAGGGAAUCGACGGUUAUCGGUCGAAAAUAUUUCGGUUCCGACGCACCAGAUGCCGACACUUUAAUGAAAAAUACGUCAUUAUUGUUCAUCAACGGGCAUUAUACAGUGGACUUGGCCAAGCCUAUGUUACCUAAUUUCGUGGACAUAGGUGGAAUUCAUUUAGUACAGCCAAAACAAUUGCCCAAAGAUAUUGAACAGUAUAUCAAUGAUUCUCCGAAUGGUGUUAUAUUCUUUACGUUAGGAUCUGUAAUUCGGUUGGAAACAGCACCAGCAUAUUUGCAAAAAGCUUUCGUUGGAGCAUUGGCAGAAAUACCUCAAAGAGUACUGUGGAAGUACGAUGUUCCAGAUAUAGAAGACUUACCACAAAAUGUCAAAAUAGGGAAAUGGUUCCCACAAAGAGAUAUUUUAGAACAUAAGAAUGUCAAAUUGUUUAUAUCUCAUGGUGGUAUGUCUGGGAUCUAUGAAGCCAUAGAUAGUGGAAUACCUGUACUUGGUAUACCUCUAUUUUUCGAUCAAUCACACAACAUUGCUAACAUAGCUCAUUGGGGUGCAGGCAUAAUGUUAGAUCACAAAACGUUGACCAAAGAUAUAUUUGUGAAUGCUAUCAAAGAAAUGAUCAAUAACUAUGACAAAUACAAAUUUAAAGCGAUGGAACUUUCUAGAAGAUUUAAGGAUCGACAGCAUACACCAAAAGAAGAAGUAAUAUAUUGGACAGAAUAUGUCAUCAAACACAAAGGCGCACAUCAUUUAAAAACAGCUGCCCUAAAAUUGUCUUGGUAUCAAUAUUUUUUAAUUGAUAUUCUAAUUACCAUUGUAUUAAUUGCUUUAGUUAGUUUAAGUGUUAUUUUUCUUUUAUUAAAGGCUAUUAAAAAUCGUAUCCGUAAUUUAAGUAAAACAAAAAAAGAAUGA